AUGGGUUUCCCGAUGGGCUACUCGGAGCUGGUGCUCCCGAAGCAGCUGCUCCACCUCCUCCUCCUGCUGGGGUACAUCCGCCGCUUCCUCCUCUGGGCGUUCGACGCCGUGGGCCUCGGCGACCUGCUGGAUCUCGGGGACGACCACCAGGCGCUGCUGCAGGACCACCACCACCACCACCACCACCACGGCGACGCGCAGGGGCCGGACCACCACGGCGCGCUGCCGCAUCAGGCGGCGAUGCUGCUGCAGCAGCACCCCCGGCCGGAGUUCCGGGCGGUGCCGGCGAUGGUCAUCGAGGAGGUCCUCCCCGUGGUGCGGUUCGACGAGCUGGAGGCGCGCGUCGGCGGGGACUGCGCCGUGUGCCUCAGCGGCAUCGGCGGCCGUGACGAGGUGCGGCGGCUCAGCAACUGCCGUCACGCCUUCCACCGGACCUGCCUGGACCGCUGGAUGGAGCACGACCAGCGCACCUGCCCGCUCUGCCGCGCGCCGCUCAUCCCCGACGAGGUGGCCGGCGCGCUCUGGGCCGCGGCCGCCGGCGUCCCCGACGCCUCCGACUUCGACUUCUCCUACUUCGGCGCGACGCCGCUGACGCCCGUGCCCUCCCCGACGCUGCUGCGGCCGCACGAGCUGCUGCUCACCGGCCUGGGCGGCUACCAGUGA